GAAACACACACAUGGAUGGAUUGGCUUGUCACAACCGAAAAUCUAACCAAAUAUCUACCAAAACCAAAAAUCCCUCUCCUCUCUCUUACAUACACAAUCUCAACUCCUCCAACCUUUUGUGAAAGAAAGAGAGAGAUGGGUACGAUAAACCAAGGAGUAAGUUUGUUCGAUGAGCCACAAAACAUCAUAAACCCUAAUGAUACUAACAAUCUAGGUUUCUUUUUCUCUUUACCUAGUCACACAUUAUCUUCGUCAUCUUCUCCUUCUUCUCUUGUGUCUCCAUUUCUAGGUCAUCACUCCUUCAACUCAUUCAUUCAGAACAACUCCCCUUCCUUUGUAACUCAUCCUCAACAUCCCAUCAAUCCCAUGGCGAAUUUACCAGAAACUCUAAUCUCGAUCUCCUCUUUAGCCUCAUUAAAACAAAGGCAUGAUCAUGGUGAUAUUGCUAACCUUGAUCAGGAUCGUCUUACCGGUGGUAAAUCAUCCCAAAGACUGUCUUUAAAUCCAUGGGCAUGGAGUAGUCAAGCAGGAUACGAAUACAACAAGAAAAACAACCAUGGAAGUGAGAUUGAUGUUGAUCGUAAUAUUAAUGAUGAUGUUGGUGAUGGUGAUGGCAUUAAUGAUGAUGAUCAUCAUCAACAUCAUGAGACUCGUCAUCAAAAAAUUAACACAUCACCGUUGGGAAUGGUGUCCACUCUGAAGAUGAAGAAGCCUAAGACAAGAAGAAAGGUGAGGGAGCCUCGAUUUUGCUUCAAGACACUAAGCGAUGUUGAUGUCUUAGAUGAUGGAUAUAGAUGGAGAAAAUAUGGCCAGAAAGUUGUCAAGAACACUCAACAUCCCAGGAGCUAUUACAGAUGCACACAAGACAAGUGUAGAGUGAAGAAAAGAGUGGAAAGAUUAGCAGAUGAUCCAAGAAUGGUAAUCACGACUUACGAAGGAAGACAUCUUCACUCUCCUUGUAAUCAUCUCGACGAUGACUCUCUCUCCUCCUCUCACCACUCUCCUCUCUCCAACUUCUUCUGGUGAUGUUGUAUUUUCUUAAUCAAAAAUUGUUCCAUCGUGCCUCACUGCCUCGAUUUAAUCAUCGCUAUAUUAAUCAAUACCUUCAUGAAAGAAAACACAAUAAUAACUACAUAUUUGUUCUCGUUUGGAAAAGGUAGGAUGAUGUUUUAUAUGUAUAAUGUUCGUGUGGUGGUUUAGGUUUGUCUCUUGUAUGAUGAUUAAUGUACCCUUUUCAAUCUGAUAUAUAUGUGAAUGUGUCCGGAGGGCGGAUACAACUUGCUAUUUUUCUGAAAUUAUUGGAAGUUUCAAACUUUGUA